AUGGCCGAGGCGGAGGACAUGCAGACCUUCACGUCCAUCAUGGAUGCGCUGGUCCGCAUCAGUACGAGCAUGAAGAACAUGGAGAAGGAGCUGCUGUGCCCGGUGUGCCAGGAGAUGUACAAGCAGCCCCUGGUGCUGCCCUGUACCCACAAUGUGUGCCAGGCCUGUGCCCGCGAGGUGCUGGGCCAGCAGGGCUAUGUAGGCCACGGCGGGGACCCCAGCUCCGAGCCCACGUCUCCCGCCUCCACCCCCUCCACCCGCAGCCCCCGCCUGUCCCGGAGAACCCUCCCCAAGCCGGAGCGCCUGGACCGGCUGCUCAAGUCAGGCUUCGGGACGUACCCCGGGCGGAAGCGAGGUGCCCUGCACCCCCAGGCGAUCGUGUUCCCGUGCCCAGCCUGCCAGGGCGACGUGGAGCUGGGGGAGCGGGGCCUGGCGGGCCUGUUCCGGAACCUGACGCUGGAGCGCGUGGUGGAGCGGUACCGGCAGAGCGUGAGCGUGGGCGGCUCCAUCCUGUGCCAGCUGUGCAAGCCGCCGCCGCUGGAGGCCACCAAGGGCUGCACCGAGUGCCGCGCCACCUUCUGCAAUGAGUGCUUCAAGCUCUUCCACCCCUGGGGCACCCAGAAGGCCCAGCACGAGCCCACCCUGCCCACCCUCUCCUUCCGCCCCAAGGGCCUCAUGUGCCCAGACCACAAGGAAGAGGUGACCCACUACUGCAAGACGUGCCAACGUCUGGUAUGCCAGCUCUGCCGAGUGAGGCGCACCCACAGCGGGCACAAGAUCACACCCGUGCUCAGCGCCUACCAGGCCCUCAAGGACAAACUGUCAAAGAGCCUGACAUACAUCCUAGGAAACCAGGACACGGUCCAGACCCAGAUUUGUGAGCUGGAGGAGACCCUGAGGCACACUGAGGUGAGCGGUCAGCAGGCCAAGGAGGAGGUGUCCCAGCUGGUGCGGGGGCUGGGGGCUGUGCUGGAGGAGAAGAGGGCGGUGCUGCUCCAGGCCAUUGAGGACUGCCAGCAGGAGCGGCUGGCCCGCCUCGGCGCCCAGCUGCAGGAGCACCGCAGCCUUCUCGACGGCUCGGGGCUGGUGGGCUACGCCCAGGAGGUCCUUAAGGAGACGGACCAGCCGUGCUUUGUGCAAGCAGCCAAGCAGUUACAUAACAGGAUCGCCCGAGCCACAGAGGCCCUCCAGAUGUUCCGGCCGGCUGCCAGCUCCUCCUUCCGCCACUGCCAGCUGGACGUGGGGCGAGAGAUGAAGCUGCUGACGGAGCUUAACUUUCUCCGAGUGCCCGAGGCUCCGGUCAUUGACACGCAGCGCACCUUUGCCUACGACCAGAUCUUCCUGUGCUGGCGGCUGCCCCCGCACUCGCCGCCCGCCUGGCACUACACCAUCGAGUUCCGGCGCACGGACGUGCCUGCCCAGCCGGGCCCGGCCCACUGGCAGCGGCGGGAGGAGGUGAGGGGCACCAGCGCCCUGCUGGAGAACCCCGACACGGGCUCCGUGUACGUGCUGCGUGUGCGAGGCUGCAACAAGGCCGGCUACGGCGAGUACAGCGAGGACGUGCACCUGCACACGCCCCCGGCGCCGGUCCUCCACUUCUUCCUGGACGGCCGCUGGGGCUCCAGCCGCGAGAGGCUGGCCAUCAGCAAGGACCAGCGCGCCGUGCGGAGCGUCCCGGGGCUGCCCCUGCUCCUGGCGGCCGAGCGGCUGCUCACCGGCUGCCACCUGAGCGUGGACGUGGUCCUGGGCGACGUGGCUGUGACCCAGGGCCGCAGCUACUGGGCCUGCGCCGUGGACCCCGCCUCCUACCUGGUCAAGGUGGGCGUCGGGCUGGAGAGCAAGCUUCAGGAGAGCUUCCAGGGCGCCGCCGACGUGAUCAGCCCCAGGUACGACCCCGACAGCGGCCACGACAGCGGGGCAGAGGACGCCACGGUGGAGGCGCUGCCCCCCUUCGCCUUCCUCACCAUCGGCAUGGGCAAGAUCCUGCUGGGCGCCGGGGCCGGCGCCGGGGCAGGGCUGACGGGGCGGGACGGCCCGGCCGCCGGCUGCACCGUGCCCCUGCCCCCCCGCCUGGGCAUUUGCCUGGACUACGAGCAGGGCCGGGUUUCCUUCCUGGACGCCGUGUCCUUCCGUGGGCUCCUGGAGUGCCCGCUGGACUGCUCGGGGCCCGUGUGCCCCGCCUUCUGCUUCAUCGGAGGGGGCGCCGUGCAGCUCCAGGAGCCCGUGGGCACCAAGCCGGAGAGGAAGGUGACCAUCGGGGGCUUCGCCAAGCUGGACUGA